GGUGGACAUGUGUUGUCAUUUGUCCCAAAGCCAGAACCACAGCUGUUAGGACAACACCUCAAACAGUAUCUAAACCCUCUGUGUCAGAAACUGCUUGGGACAUUUAGGGGACACGAGCUGUGUUGUUUCAUUGUGGAUACACCUAACAAAGCAACAGCCAUAUAGGCUUUACAGGAGCAAUGGAUUCUCUUCUGUCCAAACAGAUUCAGUGCUCUGUGUGUUUGGGGGAUUUCACAGAUCCAGUGAGCUUGCUGUGUGACCACACGUUUUGCAGACAGUGUAUCAGCAGUCAUUCCCACAGCAGCCGGCUGAGAUUGUGUCCGGAAUGCCGCAGACCCUACACCAUGUGGGAUCUUCGAUCCAACCGGGUCCUAAGGAAUAUGGUGGAUGCGGUGAGGGAACAUUUGACCGAACAACAAGCCCAGAGGGAUAUGGUUGCUUCUGGAGCACACAGCGGAGCCAUGAGACUGUUCGAGGAACCCGAGAAGCUGGUGUGCUCCGAUCAUAAGGAGAGACUCAAGCUCUUCUGUGAGACAGAUCAGAAACUAGUGUGUCUGAUCUGUAGGGAUUGUGUGAAACAUCAAGGACACAUGUUCAAACCUGUGGAGGAGGCCGCAGAGCCCAGGAAGAAUUCGUUGUUAGAACCCUUGAGUUUCCUCUCAAAGGAGAAUGAAGACAUGGAGGCCCUUAUGAAGAAACAGACUCACGAGAUCUCUAAAACUGAGGAGAGAUCCAGACAGCUCUCUGCCCAGAUCUCUGCUCAGUUUGAGGAGAUGCAUCAGUUCCUGAAGAAAAAAGAAGAGGAAGUAAAGAAACUGUUGGAGAAAGAAGAGAAGGACAUGGUGGAAAAGAUGAAGAGAAACAGAACAGAAAUAGAGGAGAAACUGAACGAUGGAAGAGAGAAAGAAGCAAUUCUACACUCGGUCUUAGAGACGAAUCAGCCAGAUGGGUUUCUGCAGUGGUGGAUUGAGAAAGGGAUGGAAUUUGUUGAAGAAAUGAAAGAUGAAGAAAACCACAAUGAUGAAAAUAAUGAAAGUGUUUCUCAAACAACACAGUUUAAAUCAGCGGUGAAAGUUCUGAACGUGACACCUAAUACUCUGUUUCUUGGCCUUCGUGAAACUCACUUGCAGUUCACUGUGUGGAAAGAGAUGUUGGGUUCCAUUAAACCAGUCCCUGAUCAUAAUGUCAUAUAUGACUGUCACGACCCGUACCUGCGGGUCUCCACGGAUAGCCGCUGCGUCGUCCGCACGUCCAAAAAGGGGAUUUUUUUGCGUCACAAGGACUACAGGCCUGUGGCAAGAACCCAUAAAACCUUUCAGUCAGGACAACAUUACUGGGAAGUGGAUGUAGGAGGGAAGAUAGACUGGAGCGUGGGCUUUGAUGGCGGAUGUAUAAGUAACUUGAACAAGGACAUUGGACUUCACCUUAAGCAUGACCGAGGAUACAGCAUCAAAGAGUACGACACAGAGAAAGAGAUAGAUCUGACAGUGAAACCACAAAGGAUAGGGCUGUACCUGGACUGUGACAGGUGUCAGGUGUGCUUUUAUAAUGCGGAUGAUAUGACAUUACUGCACACCUCCACAUACCCUUGUGCUAUACCGUACUCGCUCAGCCUCUCUCCAGGUGCUUAUCUUGCCGGGAAGAAUGCUGAUCCACUAACAGUUACCUGGAACUGACUGAAAUGGAGAACAAUCAGACGGUUAUUUAAGAUGGUGUAGUUACCAAGAUAAGAAAAGCCUGUUGUAUUUGUUCUCAAAUGUGCUAUUCAGCGGGUGAUGGUUUUAAAGGUGCAGUGUAUAACAUAUAUAAUGAUCUUACAGAAAUGCAAUAUAAUAUCCAUAACUAUAUUAUCAGUGGUGUAUAAAGACAUUACAUAAUGUUUUUUUUUUUUACCUUAGAAUGAGCUGUUUUCUACAUACACUGCGGGUCCCCAUACAUGGAAGUCGCCAUUUUGUGCCACCAUAUUUAUACAGUAGCCCUAAACGGACAAACUGACUGCUUUGUCACUACGUUGUCUCAGACGAUGACGUGUUUGUCCUGUGGCGGCUACCGUAGCUUCACUAUGUGUUGCAUAAGGGAGGGGUGAGUUGUGUACUGAGCGGGUGUGCCUCAUACAUCUUGAAAAGUGAAGCCGCUGGCUCUUUGAUCGCCCCCUGGUGGCUGGCUGCGGUACAAGUCAUAAACCCCGCCCUCUCCAUGCAAACGAACGGGACUCGGCUCUAAAUAAACAAAUUUGGCUAUUAUUUUGAUUCUAUAGAAACGGGGCAUGACGUUAUAAUAAAUAGGGCACGGAAGCGUUUUGGCGGAUGUUUGAUACUGCAAGCCCGCCUCUUUCUCCACAGACGAUUUCUUCUGCGCAUGCCCUGGCUCCAAACUGACGUUUUUACGUAACAUGGCAGUGGCCAUGGUCGGACAUUCUUGCCUUCAAUUCAUUACAAUGGAAGAAAGCGACGUCGCUUCAUCCAUCUUUUUUACAGUCCAUGAAACUGAGCUGUUGGUUGCAAUUCACAGUCUCAGCGCUAGAUGCUGCUAAGAAUCUACACACGGGUCCUUUAAAUCUCUGACCAUUUGUCAUAGUUACUAUGCAUGGCUGCUUUCCUAACUGUAUAUUUACAUUUAAGCAUUUAGCGGACGCUUUAUCGUAAGCAACUUACAAAGUUUACUUUUAUAUCAACAUGUGUGUUCCCUGGGUUCAAACUCAUGCAAUAAUACAGUAAGUGCUAUACAAAGUUACUUUCAGCUUACAAAGUUUCAACAUUUCAUAGUGCUCAUUUGUGUUUAGGGAGAGUCAAAAGGUUAGAAAUUUGCUGGUGCAGAGCCUGGAACGUUUUAUAUGAAAAUAUCUGUAUGAUAAUUUGUCUGCAUUUUGUGUAUAAACUAUUUAGGAAUAAUGAACUUAAGUAAGUGCAAAUGUACUCUUUUGGCUUUUUAAGUUUAGAAAUAUUGUCUACUUUUCUAAAUCUUGUUCAUGAUUAUUGCACAUUAAAAAAAAACCAUUAAAGGUU